UCUCUCUCUCUCGUGAUGCAUCCUCAACUGGUGCCAUGGCUUAUGGCAGCAACACUCUGUGUAACACUGAACCGAAUUUGCUCAAGCUCGACACUGAACACCAUCUCAGAUGCUGACAAGAUCGUCAGCUUGCCGGGACAGCCCAGGGUUAGCUUCAGCCAGUAUGCAGGGUACAUCACCGUGGACGAGAAGCAACAGAGAGCUCUCUUCUAUUACUUCACCGAAGCCGAAGCCAACCCGGAUUCAAAGCCUCUCGUGCUUUGGCUCAAUGGAGGGCCUGGUUGUUCAUCCGUUGGAAUUGGUGCUUUCAGUGAGCAUGGACCCUUCAAGCCCAGUAAAGAUGUGCUCUUGAAAAAUCACUAUAGCUGGAAUAAAGAAGCAAACAUGUUGUAUCUCGAAUCCCCGGCAGGAGUCGGUUUCUCCUACUCUGUUAAUAAUUCUUAUUACAAUUCCGUCGAUGACAAGAUGACAGCAAGAGACAAUCUCGCAUUCCUCUGCAACUGGUUUGAAAAAUUCCCGGAAUACAAGGACAGAGAUUUAUUCAUCACAGGAGAGAGCUAUGCAGGUCACUAUGUUCCACAACUAGCAAAGCUCAUCGUGCAGUCCAAGCUGUUCAAUCUGAAGGGAAUUGCUAUAGGAAAUCCGCUUCUCGAGUUCAACACUGAUUUCAACUCACGGGCAGAGUUUUUAUGGUCUCACGGAUUGAUAUCAGACGCAACCUACGGAAGUUUCAACACAAUAUGCAAUUUCUCCCAAAUUAUAAGACAAAGACAGAGCGGCACCCUCACCCCCGUCUGUUCUCGUGUCUUCAGCGAAGCAUUGCGUGAAAUAAGCGCAUUCAUCGAUGGGUACGAUGUCACUCUUGAUGUUUGUUUGUCGACAGUUUCUUCACAGUCCGCGGUUUUGAAUAAGCUGCAAAAAACAGAGAAGAUAGAUGUAUGUGUACAAGAGGAAACCACCAAGUACUUGAACAGGAAAGAAGUGCAGGAGGCUCUACAUGCUCGGCUUGUCGGAAUCUCUAGAUGGACAAUUUGCAGCGGUGUUCUCAAAUAUGAAAGGCAAAAUCUGGAGAUACCCACCGUUUCGAUUUUGGGGGAGUUAGUGAAGUCAGGAAUCCACGUUUUAGUUUACAGCGGGGAUCAAGAUGCUGCUAUUCCGUUAAUCGGAACAAGGACUAUAGUGAACAACUUAGCAAAGCAAUUGGGACUGAACACAACAGUGCCUCAUAGAGUCUGGUUCGAGGAAAGACAGGUUGCUGGUUGGACACAAGUGUAUGGAGAUAUAUUAUCAUAUGCGACAAUCAGAGGGGCGUCUCAUGAAGCCCCAUUUUCUCAGCCGGAGAGAUCGCUGGUCUUGUUUAGUUCAUUUCUGGGAGGGAGACCAUUACCAGAAGGGCUCUCGUCGGAGUCUGCUGUGGAAAAUAACCACAAUAAUAUUAAGUGGUCCUAAGUUUACCAAAAUUGGACUUCAUCUGAUUUGAUUAGCAGAGAACAUCAAAUUCACCAUGUUUCAGAUUUGCAUUUCUUGGCUUCUUCCAAAAUCACUGUUUGCUUCCCCA